UACCAACACUCCAACCACAGCAUGGACUCCUCCUCCGACGACAAGCUGGUCCUCUCGUUCUCCUUGCCUUACCAGUACUUCAUCAAGCCGUUUAACGUGCACCGCGAGUUUCUGAUCCCCUCCGACUGGAGAUUGAACAACAUCGUCAACAGUCCUAACCCCAACCUCGCCAAUAAUGACAGCUUCAACGACAACAGCCUUAUUUUUGACAACCUCAAGAACCUGGGACUUGUUGUCAACCAGCUGAACGAGUCGUACGCCUCCUUCGGCAUCAUCAUCAUCUUGAACGAGUUCAGGAUCUCCGACUACAAAAUCACAAUCUCUAUCAUCGGUACAAACCGUCUGAAAAAGGAGAUGCUUGACAUUAGGCUUCAGAUCUUACAGAACUUCUCCCAAAUAUCCAAAUCAAUGAUUGUUCUCGAUCCAGUCAAAAAUAAACAUUGUUUCAACAUGGACAACGAGCAUGAUUUGAAAAUGGAACUCAUCAGUUUCAUUUCUAGUGUCUCGAGCUUCAACAAGUGCUCCAUAUAUAUUGAAAAAAGUGAUAACUUUGCAUUCUCAAUCUCUAUCAUCGGUUACAGAGAUCAAGUCAAGGUCACCGAGAAUAAGAUAAACCUUUUCAUCGAUGACAUGAAUCCACAAUUCUACUCUGACUAUUUGGAACUCUCUUCUGUCUCAAUACUACCCUUGAUUUGUGGCACCGAUCUAUUUACACUGAAAAGAAUCAUAAAAGAAACAAAUUGUAACAUCUACCUGCCCAACUUGCUACCAAAUCUCUAUUAUAACAACUCCUUGGAAGUCGAGCUUGGAAACCCAAAAAUAUUUCUGGCAGGAUUAAGAUCUGAAGUUUUAUUGGCAAAGAAAUGCUUAUCAGAUAUGAUUUUGAAAUAUACCAAAACACCCUUUAUCAAGCAAUUAUCUCUGAUGCCCAUCAAAAGAGAAUUUUUGAUCUUGGAUCAGAUCACCAAGAAUGGUGGAGAUUAUUUUGAUAACUUAAUGUUCCAUACCUCAUGUUAUAUAUCCAUGCCUUCUUUAGGUUCUAAAAAUUCAAAUACCUCAACUAUCACUGCUAACAACAACAACAACAACAACAACAACAACAACAACAACAACAACAACAACAACAACAAUAGUAACCCAAAUACUGGUAUCGGUGACAAAAUAAAUUUUCAAGGGAAUUCUAUAGAGGAAGUAGAACUGGCAAUCAAUGAGUUUGUUAACCAGAUCUCCACAUAUUACUCCGAAAAGGUUGAGUUCACGAUCAAAAAUAACGAUCAUAGAGUCGAUAUCAACAAACUAUUGAACUUUAACGACUCCUUAGCUUUUAACUCAAACUGUUUUAUCACUUGCUCUAAAAUAGAUAAUAAAUAUACCUUUCAAAUUCUUGGAAAUUCGAGCAACGUGAAAGUGGCCACUAAUUGUUUAUCUCAAUUUAACUCUUAUAUAGGCGAAACUUUGAAGAGUCAAUUUGUUAAGUUUCAAAUAGAAUUACCUAAUAACGAAAAGGAUUUUAUUGCCGGUAAGAAGAAUGGUAAAAUUAUCAAAAUUAUUAACAUGUCUUCUGUCUCAAUAAAACUAUUACCUUUUACUGACCAAAAUUUUGUGGUCGAAAUAUCGGGCAACGACUUGAUGGAUUCAAUACUAGGUUUGGGUUUAUUUGAGGAUGAAUUACCUACUAUUUACAAUUUCAACGUUCCGGAAUCUUUUCAUAGACAAAUUAUUGGUGUUGGAGGACAAACCAUUCAAAUUAUCAUGAGGAAGUUUAAUGUCUUUGUCAAGUUUUCCAAUUCUUUCGAGUUAUCCGACAAAACUCUAGAUUCCCAACACUCAUUACAAUCCACAAAUUUCCAACAAUCUUUUAUCAGAAAGAAUAACGUUAUAAUCAAAUGUCCUUCGAAAAAUAAAUUUGAAAUUCCAUUGGCAAAGAUAGAAUUGGAAAAUCUGGUCAAUAAAUUUAAUAUCUUGUACAACAUCAAUCGAAAGAAACCUACAAAUUUUAUAACCGAGUUGGAGAAAAAGACAAAUACCUUUAUAGAUUAUCCUUCUCUCGAUUCCAUCUCAAACAAUUUGAAUUUCAUAACCAUCAAAAUUUAUGGAAUCGAAAAUAACUCAAAAUUGUGUUGCUUGGAGUUGAAGAAAAUCAUUCCCUACUCUUACGAGUUUAAGUUGCAAAAGGAUACAAAGUGUUUGGAUUUACUUCAUGUUCUCAAGCUCGAUAAACUUUUAUUAUUUCAAUCAGACCAGCUCUCUCCUUUGCAGCUGAAUUUUUUGAAUAAUAUUGUAGUUCCGAUGAAGCUACUAUACAAUAUUGAACUACAGGUCAAGAUUGGCGAGCAAUAUGAUUCGAUAAUAGUGAACUAUUAUCCUCAUUCAUUUGGUUUUAAAUUGAACGUUACAACCCCUGAAAGAUUAUCCGAACAAUCUCAAUUACAAGUGAUAUACUCAAAUUCCUUCAGCCAAAUUACUGGGGGCAUGAACAAAUUUUUGAAUGAUUGGUCAUUUAGAAUGAUCUCU